ACGUUAGCAGAAUUAUGUCCAUACAGUACCUAGUUGGAAAUUUUACGUUCUUUCAGGAUUCAUUAGGAACUCUAACUUUUCAAGAUUGUUUGAUCUUUAGAUAUCUCGACAAGAUUGUAACGGUGGACCAAUUUUUCUACAUACAAUUUCAAUUUUCUACAUACAAUAAUGACUCUAGUCUUGACUAGAAUUGAUUAUGCUACUGUGGGAGCUACAUCUCCAGGAACAACAAAAAUCUUACCUGAGGAAUCAAAGCAAACACAAAGAUUUGCUGUUGCCGACCAUGAUGGUGUUCUGCAUGUCUAUGGUACAAAGAAAGGAGAAUUACAACUGUUGUUUAAGUCUUUGCCAGGACCCAAGAUAUCACGUCUGGUUCUUGGAGGAACUCUGGGCACACCAAAAGAUAAAAUAUUUAUUGCAUAUGCCAAUUCCGUAAAGGGAUUCACAAAAAAGGGAAAACUCUUUUUAGAGUUUGACACCAGCCUUAUAGAACCGAUAUCUACCAUGUAUGUUCUUGGAGCAGAUUUAGCAGCCUGUGCCAGAGACCUAUAUCACAGAUAUCGUGAUUGUAAAGAUGCUGACUCUUAUCUGGCUGGAGAAAUUUUAUUGGAUGUUAUUCUUUUACCUGGUGAAGGCUCAAGUGUACAUGCUAUCCUGGCAUGUGGAGAUUGUGCUGUCCGUGUCCUUCAUGGUACCAAAAAUCCUACUGUACUAAGAUUGCCUACUGUUCCCAGUGUACUUUCACCUUACAGAGAGGGUGAUAUAGAUGCAACAGACCGAGUUAUACUGGGGACUGUUGAUGGUAGAGUUGGAUUAUUGAUACUACAAAAGGAUAAGACUUUAAGAGUAACCUGGUUAAUAGCAUCCAUAGGAUCAGAGGUCACUUCUCUCGAUACUUAUGAACUUCGGGAUGGAUUGGACAUUCUAAUUGGUAGACAGAAUGGUAUUGUGGAAGUUUACACAUUCCCAGACGAUGAGGAUAUGACACCAAGCCUACGGUAUCGACACAACACUGGUGAGAGUAUCAGUACUGUCUGUGGAGGAAUAGUAGGUGCUUCAGGAUAUCCUGAGGUUCUUGUCACUACGUAUUCAGGUCGAAUAUUUGGCCUUACCACAAGACCACCAGGUGCACUUGAAGCAGAACAGAACGAUACUGGUCUCUCUAAAUUAAAAGCUGAAAUACAACAGUUGGAAGGGAAACUUGCUGAGGAUAGAGAUGCUGCUAAUUUUACAGCUGAUCCAUUGGCACCUCUGAUACUUUCUGUAAAUCAUAGAUUGGUCCUGAAUAGAGACGAUGCGUCUUAUUCUCUCUCUGUAGAAUUGGAUACAGCGAUUGACAAUAUUCUUAUACAAUCCGAUACUCCAAUAGAAUUAUUAGAUGUAGAGAGUAACAGUGCUGUAACCAGUUUAUCUACUUGUGAUCCGAAGGAAGGAAAUUUCGUUUUGGCUACUUAUCGCUGUCAGGCGAAUACAAAUCGUUUAGAAUUAAGACUGAGGACUAUCGAGGGUCAGCCAGGAACUUUGCAAGUCUAUGUAAUGUCUCAGAUUCAGCCAAAAUGCUGCCGCAAAAUAGAAAUUCCUAUUUGUGCAUUAUCGUUACAUACAAGAAUACAUGAAGAUGAUAAGUCAAGUAUAUCAUCUGGACCAUUUAAUGAAUUGAGACUAAAUGGUGGCUUUACAGUUGCUGAGAUGCACGCUUGGCUCUCACUGGUUUUGCCAGACGUACCUGAGAGACCACAAUUACAAGAUGGUGAAGCCAAUUUAAUAUUAAAAUCUUCCUUUGUAGGCACAAUUCUUAAAUGCAAGUACAAAAAGGGUAGCGCAACUUUCCUUGGUGAAAAUGUAUCUACUAUUAUAAUCUUACGAGAUGUCCUCACGAAGGAAGCAACUAAGAGGAAGAUAAAGCUUGAAGUUUUCUGUGAUGUCGUGGAAGUAAGUAUAUCCAGGGUAUUGGAGCUGAUUCUACCGAGGUUGGAAACGGCUCACAAGUUGAGAAAACAGAUAAAUAUUUUAAACGCCCUCCAAGAGUGGGAACUCAAAACAAAUCCCAAAGAGAAUCUGUGCACUGAGUACCAGGAACUCCUGACGAUCGAAUCCACCGUCAGGAAUCAGAUGGCUAAGGAUCCUGAAAUAUUACAAAGAUUGCAUGCAGUAGUAACGGAUCUAUACGUCGAUUGGGAACGUGCAAAAGGUGGUCGUCGUAUCAGCAGUCAAUUGGCUACUGAAAAAUUGAGUUCCGCCCUGGAUUCUCGAGAUCUGACACUUCUUUUGCAAGUGUUUGUUGCGAGAAAAAGUUUAAAUCUUCCUGGACCAAGUACCGCGACAAAAUUAGACGAAUAAAUAAAAGCAGGAUGAAAAACGAGAUAUAAUUUAAGAAAAAUAUCCGGCCGUCGAUGUUUGUAUAAACGUAUUCAU